AUGUGGCUUCCAAAAGCAAAUGGAUCAAAGAAGGGAGGAAAUGGGCUGGUUGCAGUAGCUAUAGACAAGGACAAAAGCAGCCAAAAUGCUUUGAGAUGGGCGCUUGAGAAUCUGUUGUCCAGAGGUCAAACUGUAAUUUUAAUCCACGUUCUUCACAAAGCAGCAUCACAUGGGCACGGACAUGCUUGUGAGAAUAGUUCAGUUGGGAAGAAUCAACUUGACAAGAUUACCAAGGAUCUCUUCCUUUCAUUUCGUUGCUACUGCACCCGCAAGGAUAUACAAUGCCUUGAUAUUGUUUUGGAGGACUACGAUGUAGUUAAAGGGCUCACGGAAUAUGUUUCCUAUGCCGCAAUUGAGAAUUUGGUUAUUGGUGCCUCCCGACAUGGAUUCAUCAGAAAAUUCAAGGCAGAUAUACCCAGCAGUGUGUCAAAAGGGGCACCUGAUUUCUGCAAUGUAUAUGUCAUCUCCAAAGGAAAGAUUUCUUCAGUACGACAUGCCUCUCGUGCAGCCCCAUAUGCGUCGCCACUACGAGAUCAGAUUCAAAUCCUAAACAAGCAAAAUGAAGCUCCUCCAGACACACUUUCCCUGCAUAGCGGCAGUAUCAGAGAAAGGACGCCAGUCAAGCCUCGCAUAUCGCUCGAUGAAUCCUUCAAAUCUCCUUUUGAAAGAGGAGGACGAGCUUUCAAUGUCAAAUCUUUUGCCGAACUCAUGGAGUCUGAAACCGACAUUUCAUUCGUCAGCUCCGGCAGGCCUAGCACUGAUCGCUCAUCUUCUGUCGCCUUAGAUUUCAUCGAUUCAUGCCUAACUGCACGCCUUUCUACUAGCUCCGAGACAAGCUUUGGAUCAAUUCGUUCUGGACCAAAGUUCAAUGACCUUUCUUCUCUCCAUGAAUUCUCAUCAUUUUCGCAUGAUAGUGCAAGAACCUCAUUUUCAGGUUCUUCACAACACGUGGAUGAUAUGGAAGCUGAGAUGAGAAGGCUAAAACUAGAGCUGAAGCAAACCAUGGACAUGUACAGUACUGCAUGCAAGGAAGCUCUCACAGCAAAACAAAAGGCAAUGGAGCUGCACCGCUGGAGAGCUGAAGAAGAACGGAGACUGGAAGAGGCUAAAAUUGCUGAGGGAGCUGCACUGUCAGCUGCGGAGAAAGAAAAAGAUAGGUGCAAGGCAGCUAUGGAAGCAGCUGAAGCGGCUAAAAAGCUAGCAGAAUUGGAAGCACAGAAGAGACUAACCGCAGAAAUCAAAGCCCUAAAAGAAGCAGAGGAAAUGAAGAAUGUAAUGGAAGCUCUAGCCAAACAAAAUGUCAGGUACAGAAGAUACACUAUUGAAGAGAUUGAACAGGCAACGGAAUACUUUGCCGAAGGACGGAAGAUCGGAGAAGGAGGUUAUGGCCCAGUUUACAAGUGUUAUCUUGAUCAUACGCCGGUUGCAGUUAAAGUAUUACGUCCAGAUGCCGCCCAGGGCAGGUCGCAAUUUCGGAGAGAGGUGGAAGUACUUAGCUUAAUACGACAUCCCAACAUGGUACUCCUCCUAGGAGCCGUCCCAGAGUAUGGUAUUUUAGUCUAUGAAUACAUGGCCAAAGGAAGCUUAGAUGACCGUCUGUUCCGCAGAGGGGACACCCCAGUUCUUCCUUGGCAACUGAGGUUCCGAAUUGCUGCAGAAAUAGCCACAGGCCUGCUGUUUCUCCACCAGACGAAGCCAGAACCACUAGUGCACCGUGACCUGAAGCCAGGCAACAUUUUGCUAGACCACAACUACGUGUGUAAGAUAAGCGACGUGGGGUUGGCCAGGCUAGUCCCAGCAGUAGCGGAGAACGUAACACAGUACCACAUGACCUCAACAGCUGGGACAUUCUGCUAUAUUGAUCCAGAAUACCAACAAACAGGAAUGCUAGGCGUAAAAUCUGAUGUAUAUUCCCUAGGAAUCAUGCUUCUCCAAAUAAUAACAGCGAGGCCACCAAUGGGUUUGACCCACAUUGUCGAACAAGCAAUUGAGAAUGGGGCAUUCAAAGAGAUUCUAGACCCAGCAGUGCCCGAUUGGCCAAUUGAAGAGGCUUUAACCUUUGCAAAGCUAGCACUGCAAUGUGCAGAGCUGAGACGGAAAGACAGGCCAGAUCUCGGCAAGGUAGCGUUACCAGAGCUCGAUAAAUUGAGGAGUUUUGCCCAAGCCAAUAUGAACAACAUGUACUGGGCGGAAAGUGCAGGCCCAUCUCCCCAUCAUAGCUAUAUAUCCACAACGCAGGAAGUGAUGAGCGAUCCCUUAAUCGGACAUUCAGAAAGCGUAAACAGCCAAUCAAGCACAUCAUCUAUUGCAGAAGGAACCUAAUACAUCCCAACUCAAAUAUAUAUGCUUUUAAUGGUUGGGGCUGCACAAAGUACAUGUAUGAAUGUGAAUUCUUUUUGGGCUUUUGACAGUUAUAUUGCUCUUAUUUUGACCACUUAACUUGGAUUAUUUACCAAAUUAAUUAAUCUUAGGUGAACACAAAACAGGAUGAGAUCAUGCAAAUUAA